AUGGCUCAGGGUGAUACACCUUGGGAUGCGAGGCUGCGCUGCUUCCUUCGGAUUAGUUCAUCAUCACAGGGAAAGAAGAGCAAAAAGACACAUGGAAUCACAUUUAGAAUUCAAAUCAGCGUGAAAGAACUGCUGGAUACAGAUGUGCUUUUAAAGCUGUUAUUUCAUUUACCGGUCAAUUACCCAUCAACUCUACCAGAUAUUUCUGUUAACUCAGACCAGCUCACAAGGGCCCAGUGUAUGGACGUGAAAGAUAAAUUACUUGAACAAGCAAAGAAGCAUCUUCGUGAGCCCAUGAUACACGAUCUGAUUCUUUGGAUACAACAGCAUCUUAAAUAUGUCGUUAAGCAAUCAGCAACAGUUUGCAGUGAAAAAACUACUUUGUCAAAAGGAACAAGUACGGAGGAUAGUACCUGGACGCUCCUCUUGCAUUUAGAUCACAUGAGAGCAAAGGCAAAAUACAUCAAAACUGUGGAAAAAUGGGCUUCAGAUCUAAGGCUGACUGGAAGACUGAUGUUCAUGGGCAAGAUAAUAUUGAUUCUUCUUCAGGGUGACAGGAGCAACAUUAAGGAGUACUUGAUUCUUCAGAAAACUUCUAAGGUAGAUGUGGACUCAAGCGGAAAGAAGUGCAAAGAGAAAAUGAUCAGUGUACUGUGUGAGACAAAAGUACAGUCACAGCAUAAAAGGUUUCAGACAUUUGAAGUCAAAGAAUGUUCAACGCUGGAUGAGCUACAAAAGGAAUUUGAAACCGCAGGACUUACAACUCUUUUCUCUGAGUUUGUGCCCCCUCUCUUAAAAUAAAAUUAAAAGAAAACCCUGGACUCUUUGACCAAAGCAUUAGUUGACUGCAGGUGCUGGUGGAAGAUAAAAGGACUGAUUUGGCAAACAACGUUAAAGCUUUUCUGCAAAAAAUGCCAGAAGUAGCCAUCCUCUUGCAAGAAGGAGAGGGGAAUUAAUACAUUAAGAAUUUAUAAUUUUCUGAAAUUUAUGUAUUGAUAACUUUUUCCAAGGAAUGUGGAGUUAGUUGUGAAAUUGCAUGGCAAGCAUG